AACGUACUACUUAUUUCCAAGUAUAUCUUCCUUCGAUUAUCGUUUUCUUCUUUCUUCAUCUCACACUACACACAGAGUUCGUUCGUUCACAUAUAUGGAAGAGAAGCAGAAGCAGAAGCAGAAGCAGCAGAAGCAGCAGCAGCAGCUCGAGAACACCGUCGAAAUGAUGACGAUGAUGAUGUACUUGGAAGACAUUGACAACAACAGCUCAUGCUCCACUCCCUUCGUCAGUGCUCCGUGCAGUCCCACAGGUGGUGGUGGAGGUUUCUUCUAUAGUGCUCCGGCCAGUCCAAUGCAUUUCGUCUCAAUGAAUUCCGAUGCAGCAGCAUCAUCAUCAUCAUCAUCAUCAUCUACAACAUCUAGCUCCUACGAGUUCGAAUUCUCCUCAAGGUUCGGAGGAAUGUCUGGCACGGCAUCUGGAGGAAGAGGAGGAGGAUCAAUGAGCUCGGCCGACGAGCUCUUCCUCAACGGAAAAAUCCGUCCAAUGAAACUGUCCUCUCACCUUCACCGACCGCAGACUCUAGAGCCAUUGUUAGAUCUGGAUGAAUCGGAAGAGAAUGAUGAUGAUACAGAAGAAGAAGAAGUCAUUGGAAGGGGAGGGGGGCGUGAUGUGAAAUGGUGGGACAGAUCUCUGAGGCGGAGGACGAAAUCUAUGUCUCCCCUUAGAAUGCCGGCAUUUGAGUGGAACGAGGAGGAGGAGUACGAGAUCAAGGAGAAGACGUCGUCCCAAAUAAGUGAAGCAGGAGGAGUUGAAAGCAGCAGCAGCAAGCACGGAGGAGGAGGAGGAGGAGGGGAAGAAACAACCCCGUCAAUGUCGGCGUCUUCUUCUUCCUCGAGGUCGUCGUCGUCAUCGGGAAGCCUGCUGAGGUCGAAGAGGUGGGGGUUAGUGUUUCUGAAGGAUUUUCUGUACAGAAGCAAGAGCGAAGGACACAGCAGCAACAACAACAACAAUGGUAGGCGUAGUAAGUUCUGGAGCUCAAUUUCGUUUUCUCCUACUGCUGCUGCUGCUGCUACUACAGUGAAGGUGAAGAAGGACAUAAAAGAAAAGGGUGCUAAUUCAAACAGUGAGGAGGCUAGUAGUAGUGAAUGUGGGAAGAAUGAGAAGAAUGAGAAGGAGGAUUCGGGUAGUGGGAUUUGUUCAUCAUCAAAGAGAAUGAAAGCAGGUGGGGGUGUGGCGGAGGGGGGGAAGAGGAGGAUUGAGGUGGUGCUAUCGCCCCACGAGGUGCAUUACAAGGCAAGCAGAGCACAGGCGGAGGAGUUGAGGAAGAAGACGUAUUUGCCUUACAGGGAAGGAUUGCUUGCCGGCUGCUUAGGCUUCAGCUCCAAGGGAUACAGUGCUGCAGCAGCAAUCAAUGCUUUUGCUGCUAGCUAGACCACUCAACCACCUAUCAUCCUCCUCCAACACCUAACAAAUCAAAUAAAAAAUAAUGGAUUUGUUGGGGAUUCUGUGUAUAUACAUCUUUUCCUUUUUAUUCAUCUUUCGUUUUUCCAUUUCCAUUGGUGAUGAUGGUGGUGGAGGAGUAUUAUACUAUUAUUAUUACCCAUGCUAACUACCAUCUAUUUAUCUAUAUCUUAAUUAGAACCAAGUCAAAUACAUACUGACUCAGAGGAAGGAGGAGGAUAGUACGUACGUAUUGAAGUCGAAACCUCUGGGUGUGGGUGUGGGUCGGCCAAUCUGUUUGAGUUUGACAAAUAAUGCAAUAACAGUGGACAGAUAAAUUAAUAAUAAUAAGCUAUAAAGCUAAGGUGGUGCAGUCUGCAGUGCACGAUGGACCAUUUAGCUGUUGUUUCUGGGUAAUAAGACUACUACUGGGUCCAUCUCCAACUACAUACAAUCUUCCUUCUUUCUUCUUUCUAUAUUAGUAGUAGAGAAGUGUAUUUGAAUUAUAUGAUAUCUUCUUUUUACUUCUUUCUCAAUUCAACUUUUCAACAUCCAAAUAUUAUAAAUAACAAAAUCAAGCUUGGU